AUGGCAUCCAAAGAUAUCACAGUACUUGAAACCGCAGCGGCAUCCUCUUUAAAUGCAAAUCACACCUUUUCGUUCCCGCAGCUAAAAAGAAGGAAGAUAUCCCACGAAACCGAAAUUGGCAAUACAAAGUGCGACUUGGGUUCUACUUUCACUAUCCUUCCCCAUGAUGAGUCGUCAACCAAGCCUCAAACAUUGACCUCAAUAGCCGUUCUUCCUCGUUCUCGGCUACCUCUGUCAUGGCUGGAUCUGUGUCCUGGUACUCAACGAAGCAUCCCUUCGGGGAUGCUAUUUGCUUCGAAUAUAUCCAUUCUCGAAACAAGACUGCAGUGUAAAAGAGAGCGCGUCGUGUUAGUAGCGCGCUUACAACCUAGAAAAUCCGCGACUACCAAUUCUCGGGCUUUGACACGUGGUGAUGCUAGCCAAGAUGAGCUGUACGUUAUCGAGAGAGUGAAAGCAGGCCUAUACACAAUAUAUGGCCUGGUACAAUCCGUAGGGGAGGGAGAUGUGGUUGUCACAGCAAAGAGCUGGAAACCUGAUCUUGAAAAUGAUACAAUACUAGACCCCAAUCCAGCUGUUAUAUAUGAGAAUUGGCUUAGCAAUGCGGAGAUUCCCGGCUCUCUAGACCUUGAACAAACCUACACGCGAACAACCGAUGGCGUGGUAUUUGUUUUUGGACAGCAAAGCGAGAGAGGGCACCACAAUUCCUCUAACACCGGAAAUGUAGCCUCCCUAGAAGACACAACUACAGUUGAAUUAGCAUCGCUCUAUGAAGCAAUGCAACCCGUUGUUGACACUCCCACUUCCAAAAGAAAAGCUGAAGGUAUGCUUGCCCGUGCAAAUGCAGAAGCACUGAUUAACUUUGCGGCAGAUCUACAGAACCCCCGGGUUCUCUUGGAAGGCUUAAGGACACAGUACCUGGAAGCCCUUUACACCUCAAAAACCUCAGUUGCCUACUUUGCCAAAGGACCUCUCUCUCGUGCUCGUACCGCUUUCCAAUGCCCUGGGAAUUCUAGUGCAAGGCGGAUUUCUGAUUUAUGUUACUUUUAUCGGGAAAGCAUUGUUCCUAUCAAAAAAGUAGAUGUCAAGUAUCGUGACUCUAUUCCAGAGGUCGUGCGAACCUUGGCUCCUGACAGGCUCGAUUGUUUGGCACCCUGUACAUCGGGAGAGAACAAAGGCAAAAGCAAGAAGAGAAAGAUAGGUAAAGACGGUUUAUACCCGGAAGAAAAGGAUAUGAUUUUGAAAUGGUGGGCACGACGGAGUGUUACGGAAACACCCCUUGUGGACCGCUCAGCAGAUACAGAAUUAAAGCAGCUUGUGGCUGAGCUUCGUUUUCGCGAAACACAACUCCAAAUACUGUUAAUUCUCGAAACCAUGUCUAUCGAGACUCUGCUAAAUGCAGAUGAUGAAUCGCAGAGCCCACCACCUAGUAAAUGUUCAAAAAAGAAAAAGCAAGACCUGGGCAUUAUUCUCGAGCUACUAGUUGAUAGACUAUGUAUUUGGCACACUGUAGGCUCCGAUGAGCCCUCCACUUUCGACUCGGGUAAACGACGAGAUGACGGCCAACCGCUGAAUAAGGCAGAGAAUGACAAAUUGCGUGACUUCUGUGCGGAAGUAAUUAUACCUUUUUAUGCACCCCGCCUUCCAGAGCAGUGCAAGGCCAUUAGUUUGAAAUUGGGUGGCCCGAUAUCAGUGUCGCCCAAACGCCCUACAACGCUACUCCAAAAGAGUACGGUGGAAAAUUCUACCACAACGGUUAAGAGACAGGAUCCCCGAAAACCCAGACGUACAUUGCAGCGUGUCUUGACAGAUGAGAAAGCGGCUGCAAAGAGACGCAUUCCAUCUCUAGUCCGGCAUAAAAGUACCACAGGCAUUCAAGACAUCAAGAGAGAAUCAAGCGAACCGGUCUGUCUCUCCUUGAUAUCAAGUGGCCGAGGUGCAAUUCAGAAACGCAAACGCCAGGACAACAGAGAAAUAGACCUCGAUGCCGUAGCUAAAACCCACGAGACAAAAUUGAAAAAGGUCAAUAUGUUCUUAGAACAGAAAAAAGAACUAGACGCUGCCAUCAGUGCUUUAAGAAAACCCAACAGAGAGCAGGCUGGACGGGACUGGGCGGAUUCUGCAGCCAAAAGAUCAUCGGCUGAGAGCUCAAGAAAACAAAAAGAGCCCAGACGCUACCCAUUAGGUGAAGGAGUUCAAGUUAUGGUGACCCCCAGGACUGUCAGGAAGAAGGAUUGCGGAAUGGUUAGAGUGUCUUCUCUUUCGCAGAAAUGGGACGAGUCAAACAAUAAAGGCCCUCUCUCAAUAUCUGAUACAGAAGAUCCAGUUGUUCCUUCUUCCAUUUCGCGGCCUCAAAUGGGAUCUAGUGGACCAAAGAAUGUCUCCGUAUCUGUGCAAGAAACUCCCUUAAAGCCAACAGCACAAAUAUCUAAUCUUUACCGUCACUCCAAUACCGCUGGGCAAUCCUCCUUUUUAAGUGCAGCUUCUAUAGAUACCCCACCCAAAGACUCCAAACGACCAUCAUUAUCAGGUACCAAUCCGCUUGCCACUACAUUCGCCACGCCUACAAAACCUUUGAAUUCCGGCUCUAAAGGCGACUAUAAGAUUCCGAAUUCGGAUGGCAUUGAGCAUUCCCCCGGAAUAAAGGAGACUCCACUUCAUUCCCUUUCAUGGCGACCAAGUGCUCCAACUACUUCCAAGAGCCAAAAUGAUCUAUCACGCCCGCCAGCAAGUUCCGUAGUUUUCAGUACACCCGUGAGAAAAGCCAGUUCAACUUUGAAUAGAAUUUCCCCAGUCGUUCAAGGAAAAGUCGGGUCCCAACCCAAGUUGGAAAAUUCAAUAUACAAUGAACUGGGGUGGGACGAAGACGAUGACGAUGAACUUGCAGUACCUUGGAGCACUUUGAAAUAG